AAAAAAGUCACCACCAUAAAAGGAUGUCUGUAUAAUCUUUCUUAGAACAACAUGCUAAGGUUAACCUACUUCAAUUUGGUCAAAUCCUGACUGCUACUACACAGAGGCCUGAACAAGUCACUGAGAGAGACACGUGAACACCACUGAUGGAUAUAAAAAUGGACAACAAUUUUACCACACCCUCUACAGCUCCUCAGGAAAGUGACUGUGAUCUCUAUGCACACCGCAACACAGCCAGGAUAUUAAUGCCUCUGCAUUACAGCAUUGUCUUCCUAAUUGGGCUUGUGGGAAACUUGUUAGCCUUGGUUGUCAUUGUUCAAAACAGGAAGAAAAUCAACUCUACUACACUAUAUUCAACAAAUCUGGUAAUUUCUGAUAUACUUUUUACCACCGCUCUGCCUACACGGAUAGCCUACUAUGCACUAGGCUUUGACUGGAGGAUCGGUGAGGCCUUGUGCAGGGUAACUGCUCUCGUGUUUUACAUCAAUACAUAUGCAGGCGUGAAUUUCAUGACCUGCCUGAGCAUAGAUCGGUUCUUUGCUGUGGUGCACCCUCUGCGAUACAACAAGAUGAAAAGAAUUGAACAUGCAAAAGGCAUUUGCAUAUUUGUCUGGAUUCUAGUAUUUGCUCAAACACUCCCAUUACUCAUAAAAUCUAUGUCAAAGCAGGAGAAUGAAAGGAUUACAUGCAUGGAAUAUCCAAACUUUGAAGAAACAAAGUCUCUUCCCUGGAUUCUGCUCGGUGCAUGUUUCAUAGGAUAUGUGCUUCCACUCAUGAUUAUUCUCAUCUGCUAUUCUCAAAUCUGUUGCAAACUCUUUAAAACUGCAAAACAAAAUCCACUAGCUGAGAAAUCUGGUGUAAACAAAAAGGCUCUCAAUACAAUUAUUUUCAUAAUUGUUGUGUUUAUUCUCUGUUUCACACCUUACCAUGUAGCAAUUAUUCAGCACAUGAUUAAGAAGCUUCGUUUUCCUAAUCUCCUGGAAUGUAGCCAAAGACAUUCAUUCCAGAUUUCUCUGCACUUCACAGUAUGCUUGAUGAACUUUAAUUGCUGCAUGGACCCUUUUAUAUAUUUCUUUGCAUGUAAAGGGUACAAGAGAAAGGUUAUGAAGAUGCUGAAACGUCAAGUCAGUGUAUCAAUUUCCAGUGCUGUGAAGUCGGCCCCUGAAGAAAAUUCACGUGAAAUGACAGAAACUCAAAUAAUGUUACAUUCCAAGUCUUUAAAUGGAAAAUAA